CAGUUUGGUAUCUCCAUGCAAAUAGCAAUAAUUUGCAAAAGCAUUGCUGUGCUGUUCCGUGCUACCAUCAUCACCCUCUCGAAAGCUCCAACGUGUCCGAUCAUUCGUGGUAUCGUGGUCACUAUGUCAGAAGAGCCUAGCAAGAAACGAGGCAAAAUGGGAUCCUCUCUCGAACAAUUGAAAUCUUACACCACGGUUGUCGCCGACACCGGAGACUUUGAGGCAAUCAAAAAAUACAAGCCUACCGAUGCCACCACCAACCCAUCCCUUAUUUUGGCAGCUGCCAAGAUGCCGCAGUAUCAAAAGUUGAUUGAUGAGUCAAUUGCGUAUGGAAAGAAAAAUGGAAAGACCACGGAAGAGCAGAUUGAAUCUGCAGCAGACAAGUUGUUUGUUUCGUUUGGCAUCGAAAUUCUGAAGAUUGUUCCAGGACGUGUCUCCACGGAAGUUGAUGCUAGAUUGUCAUUCGACAAGGAAGCAAGUAUUGCGAAAGCCAAAAAAUUUAUUCAGCUCUACGAGGAGGCUGGGAUCUCCAAGGAUCGGAUUCUCAUCAAGUUGGGGUCCACAUGGGAAGGAAUCCAAGCAGCAAAGGUGCUAGAAGAGGAGUACGGGAUUCAUUGUAACUUAACCCUUCUGUUCUCCAUGGCUCAAGCGAUUGCAUGCGCGGAAGCUGGCGUUACUCUCAUCUCACCAUUCGUGGGCAGAAUUUUGGACUGGUAUGUGGCCAACACUAAUCAAAAGACGUAUGAACCCCAAGAUGACCCCGGCGUCAAGAGUGUCACCCAGAUUUACAACUACUACAAGAGGUUUGGCUACAAAACUGUGGUGAUGGGAGCCUCCUUCAGAAAUUCUGGUGAAAUCAAAGCUCUCGCUGGGUGUGACUUGUUGACAAUCUCUCCAUCUCUGUUGGAAGAACUGGAUGCAAGUCAAGAUGUCGUUGGAGAAAUGAUUAGUGAAGGGUCAGCCAAGAAAUUAGAUUUGGACAAGGUAGAACUAACUGAAAAAACUUUCCGUUGGAUGAUGAAUGAAGAUCAGAUGGCAACGGACAAAUUAUCCGAUGGAAUUCGGAAAUUUGCAGCAGACGGCGUGAAACUGGAAUCGAUGUUGAAGGAACGUCUGCAGAAGGUUUAAGAAUAUUUUUUUAAGCGUCGGUCGUCAGAUCAAUCAAUCAGAUAUCAAUAAUCAUUCCAUUUGGCUCUCAUUUUCUGUGUUACGUCGUCAUAUCAUGCAACACAAUAAUUCUUUUCCAAUAAUAAUCGUAUGUUAUUGUUAAUUAAUAGUUCUACUAAAUAGCUACGAUCUAUAAACAAUUAAAUCAGUUCUCAACUA